UGUAAAAAAAAAAAGCAAUCUUUCUUAAAAAGAUCCUCUUUUGAGUUCUUUCCUCUGGUCUUCAUUUGCUUUUGAGAAUUGAUGAGACUCUGAACCUGAUAAGAGAAAAUUGAUGCAGAUUUUGAAGCUUUAAGAAGCAAAAACCCAAAUCCUUAAAUUUACAGAAAGAAGGGCAACGGCAUGCAAUGAACCACGUGGAAGAUCUUGAACCAAGCAAUCAUCAAGUCUUCAUUACAAAGUAAAAUGCUUUCGUUAUCAGGACAAAAUGUGCUAAAAUCCAGUGAUUCAAUUAGAAUCUUUCUAUUUCUCUGCCCAGCUGAAUCUCUCUGACCUCAGUUUUACUGGGUUGUUCGGAUUCUUUGUUACUUUGUUUUCAGUUUAGAAAAAAAAAAAAAAAAAAAAAGAUUCUUUCUUUGUUUGUGCUUGGCUUUGGGCUUUUGUUUGUAUUGUUUAUGGUCCUUAUGGAUAAGUACAGUAUUCCUAUACUUCAAAUGAAAGCAAGAAAGAAAGUGAUCAAGAAAAAGUUGAGGCAAUACAGUUGAAUUCCAAAGGGGAGAGAAGCAAAAGGCUUUUUUUCAUGGUGAAACAAGGAAAAGAGCUUUCCUUUGCAUUGAUCAGCCCCUUUUGUUUCUCUGUUAAGAAAUUAACUGGAAACUAUAAAAUCCAGUGCAUAUGAUGAGUGCUGACAAUCAAAACAUGGAUUUGGGACUUGCACUGGGAUAUUCCAGUAACUGCACCAAGAUAAGGGGGAAUGGAAAUUCAGGUGCAGGUGUAAAUGCAGGGUCAUCUGUCAACUUGAAAUUCCCGGCAUCUGAUUCUCUUUCUGAAUUGGUUUGGUCCCCACAAAGGGGUUUGAGCCUGAAAUGUGCUGAAGGGAGCUUGCCCAAUAAGAAGGCUUUUUUACUGUGGAAUGUGGAUCCUUCACCUUCUGAAAGCAUCAGCUGCAAGGAAAUUGAUGAUGAUGACGACAAGAUUGUUGCAGGAAACUUGGUUAUCUCCAACAAGGAAUUGCAUGUGGACAGUGAGGUUGCCCCAACAACUGGUCUGAUCGAAUCUACACGAAUAGUCAGUUCAAUCCCUGUUAUAGAUUUGGGUAUGCGAUUUUUCCUGUUGGAUAUGAUUCCUUUUUCAUUUUGCUUCUGUUCUUUAUGUUUAUUUUGCUCUUGUUUUCUAUUUACUUUCGAAGUCAUUUAUCGAACAAAAAGCCUGAGGGUUUUACUUGUAGAAAGCAAAGAUGAAUCGGAGGGAGGGAAAUUUGCGGAAUGUUUUUGGUCCUUAAGUAGAAGUCGGAAUGGUCACCCUCUUGGUGUAGAUGAGAAAGGACCUUGUGCUAUCGUAAAGCAGCAACAAGAUUAUAUGUCUGGAAGUAGUAAAAAUGAUGCAGUUUAGCUUGGAUUGAGAAAGGAGAAAUGAGUAUGUGCUGCAGCAUAAAUUAUUGUACCGCUACUAAAUUGUAAACUUUCCCUGAGUGAUAAAUGUUGCUUAAAAAGCUUUUUUCCGCUCGUUUUAGGGGUGAUAUUUGAGAUUUGUUGAGAGGAAAGUAUGCAGUAUGAUUUAUCUUGAGCUCCAAUGUUAACCCAAUUGAAUGAUUUGCUGCAGGUCUUUCAGUGAUGAAUCUUUCGCAGCGAGGUCCCCCAGAUUCCAAUUGUGGCCUGGCGGAAGCUGAAUCCUCAUCUAUGAAUCUUAAUAAGGAUAGUCCAGCUGACCUGAAUCCCACAAAUGAUAACGCUAUCAUUCCCUAUCGGGUUCCAUUACAAGAUACUACAGCUGUUGAAGGCUAUACCGAUGAACAGUCUGAACCUCAUCUUAGUCCAUUGCAAACAUUGCCAUGGCUAGAUAUACAGACUGAGGAACUGAAGAGUGCUAAUAACGAACAGGAAAAGAACACUAGCUGUACACGUGGUGACAUGAUGCCCUGUGGGGAAAAGCUGGAAUAUACUGCUGAGAAUUAUCUAGCAUGCACCAACGAUAAAUCUGCUUAUGAUCAGAACAAGGAGAAGAAUAAAGGGAUAGUUGUAAGAGGCUGUUCUCUUCCCAUUGACCCUGAUGCGGAGAAUCGAAGCAGCUAUUUUCAUUGUUUAAAAAGCAAAAAUAAAGCCUUGUCUGAAGGAAAUUCCAGCAGAAGAUUAUUAGACAAUGGGGAUGAUAGUCAAGAGAGCUUGGAAAGUUGUAACAGUGCUGGAUUAAUUGGCAAGAAGCGGCUCAACCUUAAUGAACAGUUUGUGGUCGAGAGCAAAAGGAUGAAGACAGAUGUGGAAGGAAAUAUUGCCUCAACAUCAAGACAUGGCAGCUCUUUCAUGAAUUGGAUAUCCAAUGUGGUCAGCGGUUGCUCAAAUCCUAACCAUGAAGACAGUCCAUCUCUUGAAUUGACUCUUGCUCAUUCUAGUCAUGAUGACAAAAGCACGUUCCAGGACAAUAUUGUAUGCAGCAGACUGCAGGAUCCCAAAAGCGAGAACAUGGGAUUCCAAACUCUUUUUCAGUCCCUCUACUGUCCAAGGACAAAGCUAUUAAAAUCUGGAACAUCAGAAAAUUAUUCUGCUCCCCAAGGACCACAUGUCGUUGUGCAGGUUGAUGACACAGCCGGUCACAUUUCUACAAAAAGGUUCUCUGAGCAGAAUGGUGCCUCUUGCAAUCCCAAUGAUAUCUCAGAUGGAAAGAUUCUGCCCUCUACCGUAGAAGAUGUAGUGGGUAAGUCUGAUAAAGCUCUGGUUUUGUAUCGAAAUGCUGCGAUGUGGAAUGAUUUUAAGACUGGGUCUGCAGUGGACAAAGGGUCGAAUGAUCAGGAAUGUGGUAAACAUGGAAAUGAAACUAGUGCAUCUGUUUCUCAGGCUGAUCAGAAGAUCAGCUUGCGCAAUGAGGGGGACCCUCAACUUGCUUGUGAUGGGAGAGCUACAGGUCAGUUGAGCAAAGUGAAAAUGCCUGGUAGCUUGUGGAUAACUCGGUUCAUAACAAAAGUUGGCAGUACUCAGUUGAUCUUAGAUAAUGCAACGAAAGAAGAUUGCCUUGCUGAUGGUCUUACAACUCAGAAUCCCCAAACUCAGAUCAGUCAAGGUUUUCCUAUGGAGGGGAGAUGCCCACAUAGCAGGAAUAAAUCUCACAAAAACUUGGCUCGUAGAGAUAAAGAGUUGCAGACAUAUGCUGCUGAUGCUGAGUCCUCUCUUGACUCUAAGAAGAUGCAAGAAAAUAACCAUGAAAAUGUUGUGGUUAAACUGAAUUCUGUCCAAGCCUCCCAUAAAUCCAGGUGCUCUGAAGCAAUGGCCUCCACGUUUGCUAGGAGAUUCAAUGCCCUCAAACACAUUACACCUACCGCGGAAGAGACCAUUACAUCUUCCCGAUUACCCACCAGUUUUUCCGGUGGAAAGCGUUGCCAUGUACGGACUUGUUCGAAGGCGACUGAAACUGAGCUGGUAGAGAUCGCGAGUAACCAUCGAAAUUCUUGCUUUGUUGAGAAGGAAGAGAAUCUUAAAGCUGCGGCAUACAAAGGAGAAAAGACCUGUAUAAAUGCUUCCCAAGAAUUCCUCGUAAAAGAGUCUUCAAGGAAUAGGAGUUUCAGUUCAAAUGAAACUAACAAUCAAUUCAAGUCAAAUUCCAGGGAGAACAAAACAAGUAAUUGCCGGAAUGUGCCUUUAGUUGAUUUGGUUAGUAUAAAUAUUGGUGAUAUACCAAAAGGUGUAUUUGAUGCUGUGAGGCGGCUUCGACUUUCGCGUGCAGACAUGCUCAAGUGGAUCGGCUCCAACGUAUCACUAUCCCUUCUUGAAGGUCUUUUUCUGCGUUUACGAUUGGGAAGAUCUGAAGCAGGUUUAGAUGGAACAGGAUACUACGUUGCUCGUAUAUUAGUAGAGGAAUCCGGAGAAUCAUCAAAAGAUUGUAAGUCGAUAUCUGUGAAUGUUGGUGGUAUGAAAUGCUUGGUUGGAUGUCAGCACAUCUCAAACCAUGAUUUCUUGGAGGAGGAACUUAUGGUCUGGUGCUGCCGAAUUCAGAAAAGUGGUGGCAAACUACCAUCUAAAGAGGAUUUAGACUCGACAUUCGAAAGGAGGAUCGCAUUAGGCUUCUAAACAUGUACGUGUGAAGUGUACCUAGGUUUUGCUAUGGCGAACUGGAGGGUUUGAGGUUCCUUUUUUACUCUCUUCUGUAAAUAGAUGAGUUUCGUAUGUAUUGCACCCUCUUGUUUUACGUAUGCGAUCGCAAAAAUUUUGAUCUGCUUUGAGUUCAAGAAGGGUGUUGUGUGUAUGUUGUGUUAGUAAAAUGUAGUUGAGAAAUUUUUUUUUUUUUUGUUUUUUACUAACACAGUAAAAGAAUUUGUUGUGUUUGUGUAGCAAGAAUUAAUGGCUUCUCAAAUGAUUGAAUUGCUAGAUUUUCUCAUAUCUCAAUGCGUACUUCCUUUAUUCUAAUCUAAAACGAUUAAUGUGCGUUGAUUAUUGUUUGAAUAUAACAAAUGAGACAAUUAUUUUGAAACGAAGAUAGGGAUGCUCGCAAAAUUCGUUUUGGUCCACCUUUCUUUCUUGCCCUUAUCUAACUGGGCAGAUUUAGCAGUUGUUGCAUCUAUGACAAAGAUCUUGGUCCCUGA